AUGAUGGCGACACAGACACUGAGCAUAGACAGCUAUCCAGAUGGGCAACAAAUGCAAGUAGUCACAGAGUUAAAAACGGAGCAAGACCCCAACUGCUCUGAACCAGAUGUGGAAGGAGUGAGCCCUCCCCCUGUGGGGUCCCAGACACCAAUGGAUGCAGACAAGCAGGCCAUUUAUAGGCAUCCACUAUUUCCAUUAUUAGCUUUGUUGUUUGAAAAAUGUGAACAGUCUACACAGGGCUCAGAAGGCACAACUUCUGCCAGUUUCGAUGUGGACAUUGAGAACUUCGUGAGGAAGCAGGAGAAGGAAGGAAAGCCCUUCUUCUGUGAAGAUCCAGAAACUGACAAUUUAAUGGUAAAAGCCAUCCAGGUUCUGCGUAUUCAUCUUCUUGAACUGGAAAAGGUUAAUGAGCUGUGCAAAGAUUUCUGCAGUCGCUAUAUUGCUUGUCUAAAAACGAAGAUGAACAGCGAGACUCUCCUGAGUGGGGAACCUGGCAGCCCAUACUCCCCCGUCCAGUCCCAGCAGAUUCAGAGUGCCAUCACAGGCACUCUUAGCCCCCAAGGAAUCGUGGUGCCAGCAUCCGCUUUGCAGCAGGGGAAUGUCACCAUGGCAACAGUGGCAGGGGGUACAGUCUAUCAGCCUGUCACAGUUGUCACUCCCCAAGGCCAAGUGGUGACACAGGCACUGUCGCCUGGCACCAUUCGGAUCCAGAACUCCCAGCUUCAGUUACAGUUAAACCAAGAUCUCAGCAUCUUGCAUCAAGAUGAUGGCUCAUCUAAGAACAAGAGGGGGGUCCUGCCGAAGCACGCCACCAACGUGAUGCGGUCCUGGCUCUUUCAGCACAUCGGGCAUCCGUACCCGACGGAAGAUGAGAAAAAACAGAUUGCUGCUCAGACAAACUUGACACUACUCCAAGUUAACAACUGGUUCAUCAACGCGAGAAGACGAAUCCUACAGCCGAUGUUGGAUUCUAGUUGCUCAGAAACUCCAAAAACAAAGAAAAAAACUGCUCAGAACAGACCCGUCCAGAGGUUUUGGCCCGACUCCAUCGCCUCGGGAGCAGCACAGCCAGCCGCCAGUGAGCUGACUGUGUCUGAAGGAGCUGUCGUGACCAUCACCACGCCCGUGAGCAUGAACGUGGACAGCCUGCAGUCCCUGUCAUCGGACGGGGCCACGCUGGCGGUGCAGCAGGUGAUGAUGGCCGAGCAGAGCGAGGACGACUCAGUGGACAGCACGGGGGACGGCGGGGCGGCACUGGCGCCCGGCCACCUGGGCGGGCUGGUCCUGGAGAACAGCGACUCCCUGCAGUAG